AUGGCCGCUCCUUACCAGUCCUUUGAAGACAUUGCAACUGAGCCUGAACCAGAACUCACACGUUUUUCGAAAAUCAUUCUUGCUGUUCGAAGCCUUCGUACUAAGCCCUCUCUUCACCCUUCACAAGACUACCUCCUCGGUCUUCGCGGCCUCCUCACAAUUCAAACAUUCCUCUACACCUUCCUCAUUGUCUUCGCACCAGCAGCUGUAAAGGACUCUCAUAACGACACCGGCCCGGGUAUCCAAUUGUUCCUCCGGAAGACUAUCUCUGUCUUGUGCUGGAAUUCUUCACUCAUUUAUUCGUUCAUCAUCGUUUUGUCGGCACGCAGCAUCAGUAUCCCAUUCAUUUCCUCAUCAACUUCACUGGUUGUCGCCUCUUCAGCAUUCAGACGCUCAGUCCGGCUCUUCAUUCCAACGUUCGUCUCUUCGCUCCUAGUUGUUAUCUUCUUGUCGGGAGGAAAGGAGUAUAUCCACGAAUUCAAGAAAUUGACUGGAAAUGUUUCGUUCGAGACUCCAUAUACACUUCCCGGCUUCGUGGGGUUCUGUAAUGCGAUAUUCAAUCUCUUUUGGGUAACCAGAAACUUUGCUUCUCAGGCGGGAAGUAGAGCAUUUCCAGGACAGAUGUUGUGGAUUGUGACGCUACUUUAUAGCCAGAGUUGGACGGUGUUUAUGAGUAUGGUCAUCAUUCCGUACACAAGACCAGUCUGGCGAGUCAAGGCUUGGGUAUUCUUCAUCUUGACGGCGUGGUGGGUGCAAAAUUGGGCUUGGUUCUCAAUUACUGGCUUGCUUUUGGCGGAUAUCAGGAUGAACAUGGAUUUCCAAAGCAAGUCCUUGAAGGGAUUGAGAGUAUUUGGUGGAAGAUGGAGAGUCCCGAGUUGGGUGGUAUAUGGGUUGUUGAUUGCGAUGGGCUUGAUGAUGCAGUUCUUUUGGUCGGCAUGGAAACCUCAGCUAGAAGACGGAGAGCUGAAAGUUCAUGCUGAUCUAUACGGGUCUGCAGGUCUGAACAACAAUCCGGAUUUAAGACAACCACAGGCUAGGAUGGACAACUACUUUGUGGUUGUUGGCUUGUUGUGUUUGAUCGAGACGAGUGACUUUUUACAGUUUCUGUUCAGUUCUGCACCUUUGUUGUAUCUUGGACGGAGAAGCUUUGCUUGGUUCCUUGUCCAAAGCUUGAUCAUCUACUCAGUUGGCAUCAAGCUUUUCAUGCAGUUGCACGGCAUGGGAGCUACUGAAGCGGGAGCAACAACUGCUUGCUUGGUUGUCUGUGUCUUGACUGUUAUUCCAACAGCAGAGGUGUUUUAUAGGCUAGUUGAGGUUCCAAGCCAAAGUUUUGCUAAGAUAGCGUUUGACUGGAUUAGGGCAUGA